GCGCCACGCAAUCGACGAUUUCCGGGGAAGAAAGAAAACCGAGCCCAUCCCGAAAAGCACGAACAAGAAAGCCCGGGCGUUUCAGAACGAAACAGCGAUGGGUUCAAUCGGAGAGGUCCCCGCCCUUACCGCUCUCGAGCGUAUCGGCCCUAAGGGCUAUCUUCGAUAUGUCUUCCCUUUCCGGCUGGCCGACGACUACCAGAUCGACGAGGUAGCCAGAGUUCUCCGGACGGGUUAUCAGGCCCUGGAGCAGCGGUUACCUGUGGUUGGCUGCGAGCUCAUCCCUGACGAAGACGUUAAGCAGGGUGGAGUGGUGAAGCUGCAGCGGCUGACCGAUCCAAAUGUCGGGGGCGUCGCGGUCAAGGAUCUGCGCGAGACCUAUCCAUCCAGCUACGCAGAUCUCAAAGCGAGAGGAUUCCCCGUCGCCGAAUUUGAUGGCGAGGAGCUCUGUCGGCGUUCAGUAUGGCCUUCUGCUGGCGAGAGAUUGCCGACCAGUCUCGUCCAGCUCAACUUCAUCGAGGGCGGCCUGAUCCUCACCUGGUGCAUCAUGCACCUGGUCGGAGACGGCACCUCGUUCUACACUUGGACUAAGAUUUGGGCUGAAGAAUGUCGUCGGGCUCAAGGGAUCCCCAUACAUGAGCUGGCGGACCUCCCCCCGGCCAUCUGGACAGACCGGGAACUCGUGAUGAAGCCGUCUGGCCGCAACACGGGGUUGCCUGAGAACCAUCCCGAGUACACCAUCCUCCCCUUCACCCCGCCCGGGGCACCGCCAAAGAUGCUUUCGCCAAAUCACUGUGCCCAGGUCUUCUACUUCUCGCCCCAGGCCCUCGUCGCCCUCAAGGCGGAGGCGUCGCCGGCGCAUGCCACCCAGCCCUCGGAUCAGGAAUGGAUUUCAACCAACGAUGCCCUGUCCGCCCUCCUAUGGCGCACGGUCAUGAACGUGCAGUCUCCGCUCGCGACCCUGGAGGGUGAUCCUACUUCUGUCUUCAACGUGGCCAUCGACGGGCGCCGGCGAACGUCGCCACCCGUGCACCCCGAGACCCUAGGCUGCUUCCUCGGGUACAUCGCGGUGACUAUGUCGAUUCGGCGCAUGCUGGGGGAGCUGAGUCUCGCCGAUCUAGCCAUCCUCAUUCGCCAGGCUAUUCAACGCGCCGAUGGCCAGUACGUGGAUGACGUGGCGAUGCUGGCCGAGAAGCUCGAGGACGUCAACCGGCUGGUGCCUACGGCCUUUCUCGACGUCCCCGGGUACAACUGUGUGCUCACCAGCUGGACGGGAUUCUCGAUGUACGAUGUGGAGUGGGGGGCCAUGUUAGGGAAAAUUGAGGCGGUUCGGGUGCCAGCGAUUGGGGUGAUUAAUGGGUGCCAGGUGGUGUUCCCGCCGCUGCCCGAUGGAGGCAUCGAAAUUCUCGUUGGCGUGGAGAACAGCUGCGUGGACCGGUUGUUAGCUGAUCCAUUGUGGACUAAAUAUGCCGUGGCUCGGUAAACACCAUGGCCUUUGCCCAGUUCUUACAGUGUUCCUGUACAUACGCUGUCGCACGUCGGAGUUUGAUGCUGUCAAAGCCCAUCAGCCCUUAUUCCUACGAUAUAUAUUACAAGCGGCAGUCCAAUAGGUUAUUAGCCCAGUCACUCAUAACUAGGCAAUUGACCAUAUUAUGCGAACCCUAUUAUAAUCCUGGUAGUGUAAUAUAGGGCUGUCUCACCUUGGGAGUGGC